AUGCUUUUGAAACGUCAGGGCAGUAAAACUAUGGUUCCCGAGAUGGCCUUUUCUUCUCAUUUAUGUCCGGGGACGCGCAUCUUCGCUUCUAUUAGCAAUAUUUUCGGACGCGAAGCGCUUGAGUCCGCACGGCGUUGGGAAAUAUUCACCCUUCUUGUGUCUUCUACGUACGCGCAAAUACAAUUCCUCCACAGAGGCCUUGAAAAUCAUGUGCUUUCGAAGAGCCUGUCCUACAGGCCACCGGUGAACACAAGUCUGGCGAAACGGUGUGUGGCUGAGUAUGGCAGACGAAUGAUUCCGGCGCUUCUCCAUGACUGCCAUCUUCGACUGCGUAAAUACAACAGGGUUUUUAGCCAGGCGGUUACAAAGUGCGUCGAACUCAUCGGUGAGGUCGGAGUCGCGCAUUUGCAACAAGUGAUUAAUAAACGAGCCCGGAACCUGCGAGCAACAAGAGAUGCCGAACUGGCGGUCAAGCUCCAAAGCAUAAGCAAAUCAUCUCAAGAGGAGAACGAAGUCCUGGUGCACAACAUGUCCAUUAAGCAGCUGGCUCCUGCGCAAAUGAAAGUACUGCGUCAUGAGGCCUGCUUUAACACCACAGACGCCGAUCCAGUCAACCUCGUGGCCACGGUUGAGUCGAUUCUCAAACAAACCGGGGAAUCCGACGAAACAAAGCAACUCAUUCGACAGCAGGUAUCCUCCUUGGCGAUGGCGCACAAACCACGUGAAACCAUUACCAAGGCCGAGCAGAGUGCUCUCAAGACACUGAGGGCUGACACCAGCAUCGUGAUUCUACCAGCAGACCAAGGGCGCUCCACAGUUGUGAUGGAUAAGGCACACUACAUUCAGAAGGCCAAUGCCCUAAUAGAAGACCGACAGGCGUACCUACCAUGUGACGAUAAACCGAUGGGGAAGCUGGUGACGCAACUGGACAAGACGCUCGCCGAUAUGCAAACUAGCGAGGCAAUAAAUAAAUCGGUACGACUGGCCAUUAAGCCAGUAGACGCGGCCGCACCACAAUUUUACGGACUGCCAAAGGUACACAAGGCGGGGGUGCCCCUCCGGCCAAUCUUAUCAUUGCGCGGCGCACCUACAUUCAAUUUGGAUAAAUGGGUGUUCCGAAACCUGAGGUCUCUCACCUCGGACGCGGGCACGACGGUCUGUUCAGCGACUCAGUUCCUGGAGCGGAUCAAAGGGAUGAGACUUUCCGAGGACGAGGUCAUGGUGUCAUUCGACGUGACCUCUCUUUUCACUUCGCUUCCGUAA